CGGCGCCGUUGUUGAUGUUAGGGAUGCUAAGCUAACUGGCUGCACUCAAUGUUUUGUCUGACUCGUUCGUGUGGCAGAUAUACGAGAUGAAUUUUAGAUUUUGAGGCAGUGCCACCAAAUUUUCUACAUAGCAUCUUUAGUUUAGGUUUAGAGAGCAGAGGAGAGGAAUACGAGAGGAGGGCCCCUAAUGCAGUCUGCAUCAGAGACUGUGGAGAAUGCCUCCAUCCUGUCAGGUGGCUCGGCACAGGACGGUCAUCGGCUUUGGAUCGGCAACAUUGACCCCAAAAUCACAGAGUACCACCUAGUGAAACUUCUGGAGAAGUUUGGCAAAGUGAAGCAGUUUGACUUCCUGUUCCAUAAGUCAGGUCCUCUGGAGGGCCAGCCAAGAGGAUACUGCUUUGUCAACUUCCACACCAAAGAGGAGGCUGAACGGGCUAUUCAGUGUCUGAAUGGAAAAUUGGCACUUUCUAAGAAGUUAGUGGUGCGUUGGGCUCAUGCUCAGGUAAAGAAAUUUGAACCCUUCAGAGGAGACAAAAAUCUGCCAGCCAGUUUAGAGCCUUCGUCCAGUGAAGCAGAGGAGAUGCCAACCACAUUGAGUGUUAAUGCGAAGAUUCGUGCCAUUGAAGCCAAGUUGCAGAUGAUGGAAGAAAACCCAGAUGACUAUUCCGGACCCUCUGCUUACAUCUACAACAAGCCCCCUGAUAAGAGAGACAAGAGGUCCCAGCCCUACCACAAGCAGUUCCGCAGAUUCAGGAGAUGACCUCUCCAAAAACUGGCCAAGUGUCGCUGAACCGAACAGACUGUGAGAUGUGCGGAGAUAAGCUGUUCAUGUCUCUUGGCCAGUGUGAGACUGUAGUAUGUCAUGAGAAGAGGGAGUCCAACACCUUUGAUUUGUAGUGCUGUUCUGUUUCUCGGCCAGCGGAAGGAGUCUUUUUACUGUGAAAGACCGCUGAUGUAAGCAGAACCUAACCACAAAAUUCUAGUGAAUUUAGUUUUUUGGAUAUUGAUGUUGCCCAAGUAAUUUCAGUUCUGCAGGGUUUAAAGGGAUAGUUCAGCCAAAAGAUCAAAAUUCUGUCAUCAUUUACUCAUCCCCAUGUGGUUCCAAACCUGUAAGAAGAUAUUUUGUUUUUUUAAUGUCCAUACAAUGAAAGUCAAUGGAGUCCAAUGUUGUUUGAACCCCAACAUUGUUUUGUUGUACAGGUUUGGAACAUCAUUUUUGGCUGAACUACCCCUUUAAGAGUUUUGCACCUUUUCAAACAUCUCAAUUUACACCCUUUCCUUGAUAUCCUUCCAGAAUAUAGUGUGUUUUUUUUUAUCCACUUGUAAACUGCCCCAUGCUGCUUGCGAAAGUAUUGUUGUGUGUUGUGAGUCUUAUGAAUCUUAUCAUCCAAAAUCUACAUACUACUCAGACUUUUCCAUUCAUUGUUACACUGUUGGAGUCCUAUGUGUGAAGGAAGCACAAUAUUCUGCAUUAUUUAACUAUUAAUAUCUUGCCUUUUUAAGUCUAAAGCGAAAAGGGCUUUUAUCACAUGAUCUGGAGAGGGUCAUCACAACAGUGGAUGUCCUCUCAAGUGUAAAUAUCCAGGUAUUUUGAUAGAUUUUGCUUCUGUCGUGUCCAAAAAUAAAUGAAAUGGUCCUUCUAUGAGUCCAAA